AUGGUGCGCGAAGAGGUAGAAAAUGAUUUUGGGCCCAAAAAAAUGACCAAGAAAACUAUUCAAGCAUCGUGUCGUAAGAAUAAACUCUAUCUUACUCCACACUUGAACGAAGUUCUGUAUCUACACUAUUCAGGAUACAAUGAGAUCGACUGCCUGGAGGAGUACGUUGGAUUGAAAUGUCUCUGGCUUGAGUGCAACGCCAUUUCCAGCAUUUCCGGUCUGAAACAUCAACCAUUAUUGCGCUGUCUGUACUUGCACAACAACCUCAUCAAGAAAAUAGAAAACCUAGAACAUUGCAAACAGCUGGAUACCCUGAACCUUUCGCAUAAUCACAUAACAAAGGUAGAAAAUUGUGGCAUCGACAUUUUGCCCGUCUUGAACACACUCAACCUGUCACACAAUUAUUUAAAAUCGAUCGAGAGUGUGGAAGAUCUUCGAAAGUGUGAUUUUGUUUCCGUUCUCGACAUUUCACACAAUCGCAUCGAAGACAUCGCUAUCGUAAAGGUUCUUGGAGCUAUGAAAGGGCUGCGCGUGCUAACACUGACGGGGAAUCCGGUGGUCAAUGAAAUACCUUCCUAUCGCAAAACAUUAAUACUGGAGUGUAAAACACUCACAUACCUCGAUUCCCGUCCCGUUUUCGACAAAGAUAGAGCAUGUGCUGAAGCAUGGAAACGUGGUGGAUAUCAAGAGGAGCUUAAGGAGCAUCAACGAUGGAAGAAAGAAGAGCAGCGUAAAAUGAGGCGUAACAUUAAUGCAACAUUACGUCUCCGUCAUCGAGGGGAUGGGGAACCAGAAUUGCUGAAAACAAGCAGCGACGAGGAAGCAGAUGUAGAGAAAAAUGAAUCGUCCAACACAAAGGAAGAAUUACAGGAUAUGCAGGAGUUAUCCAAUUUGGAAGCGUGGCAAGAAACGGAAGCCUUGUCCAAUCAGCUUCCAGAUGGACAAACAUCCCCUUCGCCAUCAACAUCUUACGGUCAGCGGAGUGGUGUUGAUGUAAAGGACAAGCCAAGCCUAGAACAAAGCCAACAAAAUACGGCAGUUAAUAACAAGGAUAAUAUGAAAAGAUCGCUUGUCGAAGAAAUAAGCAACGAAGAAUACCACCUGCUAACAGCUAGGAAAGAUUCGAACGAAAAACAUCAGAACGACUCGACAGCAACCAUAAACGAGAUGACAUUAGAAAAGAAGGCUUUGGAGGCAGUUGCAAACAAGCCAGAUAAAGAAGAACUCUCCGGCGCAAGCGAGAACAUGGUAAAGACAUUUGGAGAUGAUAUAAGAGAAGGUGAAAAUUGCCCCAUAAACGAGAUUGAAUCACUAAAAGAAGAAAACCCCGGUACACCUCUGGCGCGAAAAGAAUCUGAAGCCGAUCUUAAGACGGAGGAUCAACUCGUAGUAACAACACAAGAGUCAUUGAAUACGUUGCAGAUUGAAAAUGAAAAAGAAAGUAAAAUAGCUUCGGCCGAAAAAGAGGAAACACUUAACGUCGUAAUACAUUCGAAGGAAAUUUCCAUCACCAUGCAACCGUCGUGCAGCGACGGGAAGGAGAUUCCUCGAACUUCCAAGGAUGAUGAAGUAUGCGAGAGAGAGCGGAAGCCUUCCGUCGCCUCCGUCGAUUACGUCACCGGGUCGGAUUCCAAUUCGGAUCCCACACUCGUCACGGAUUGUGACAGCUGCAUUCGCAACAGCAGCGUGGCGUAUAGCUCCCGAUCGGACACCUCCGACAGCGAGGACAUGUUCGACAAGAUUGUCCCCAGGAAGCACCGCAAGUUGGCGUCCCUUGUACGCACCGACCCGUCGUCGACUGGCAGCAGCUCGGAGUCGGAUGAUGAAACGGGGGCACUCGGUAGCAAGCUGGAUCGGCAGAAUACGAUCACCGAGUUCAUCGACGAGUACAAACGGUUCUUCCGCUCGGUGGACACGCGUGACCCGAAGUGUGUCGUGAAGAACCGGCAUAAGCUGGUGCGUCCUCAGACGGCUAAAUCGCAGCGGACGGAACCGCUCAUCUACGACGGCGUUCUGAAGUCGAUGGAGCGCCAGUCGAACGCGAGUAAAAUUGAACAAGUACGCCAGGAACGGGCGGAGGCCUGCGCGAGCAUGGCCAAGGAGAGCGUCUUCGAGCGACUGCUGAAGGGUCACGCAGCAGUCGAUAUGGACAUCGAGAGUCCGACGAUUUCGAUCGGGGGUAAGCCGCACAACCUAAACGAGUACCGUUUGGACGUUUUCCGCGAAGGUCCGGCCAAGCUGCAGACACUGAUCGAUCGCGUUACGGCGCACAAGGAUCGGUACAAUGCACAAAUCGACAGCAUCCACGUCCAGCUGGCGAACAUUAUGGACGACUACGGGCAAAUCAGUGAGAAGCUGAAGAGGGUCGACAACAUGAUACAGACCAUUGAGGAGGAAGUGGACAGAGAUGAUGAGGACGAAUUCAACGACGCGUUGGAUAAAAUCCCACAGCAAAGCACCACCGAGCGGAUCGUCGAAGCCGUAGCGGUCGGUACCGGAAACGAUCAACCCAUGUCGUCCGGGGAAUCAAGUGGGGCUUCAUUUGAUCCUGCACUAUUUGAACACGACGAGCAAGGUGAUGAGAAUGAACCCGGUUCUCGCAUUGAAAUUGAAGAAGGAAUCUUCGUCGCCGCUCCGCAGAGAAAAUCCAUCCCGGACGAGUUCCAUGGCGAUCCGGUGUACCGCAAGUUUAUCGACAUUCAGCACGAAAUAGACAAGCUGACGGCGGACGAAAUAUUCCAUGUACUUUCUGAGGCCGCCCGGGAGCUGCACGGCGAUGACGAGCAGGAAACUAGGCUGCUGCACGACGCCGUGGACGAGUAUUGGGCGCGGUACGACGAUGUCGAGGCAUUCCGUCGCUGUCUCAACCUGAAUGCGCAUCCGAUCAUCCAACGGUUCAAGCGGUUCAUCGAGUGUCAGUGUGAAACCGACACGGAUUCGGAGGAUCGCGAGCACGUCCGGAAGCUGGAGCAAGCGUACCAGCGAUACGAGAGGCGCCUGUCGAACCAUCUGUUCGAUGAGUAUCUCAUCAUGAGCCGGAAGGUGAGCAUCGCGACCACCACCGGUGGGGAAUCGAGUGCGGCGGAGCUGGAGAUUAUCGAAAUCGAACCAGACGCUGGAGAGGUAGCAGGUGUUUCAGGGGUAAGGCGAAGCAAUGCAUGGGAUUUUAAAGAACCUGGUGAAACCCCGGCAGCCACUGAAGAGUCCCCCGUUCUAAUGAAAUCGGAUGCGGACAAAACGGCACCAAAGAUCGACGAGCUAGAAGAUGAGGAGUCGAAGCCGGAACAGGAAGAUUUAUUCAACGAAGAUUCACAACGUACUCAAGUCAAGGUGGAAAAGGAAAUUUCAUCCUAA